UUGGCCGCCCCUGCAUAUACUGAUGGUCUAUAUCUUGCAGCCAAAUCAUGCUUUUUUUGGGAGUAUCUCAAGCUUGCCAAUGGGUUUUCUCAGUAAAGUCUCCGAGCUCCGUGCUAGGGCUCGGAGUCAUAAAAAGCUCAAGAAGAACAAGCAGCUACAGACUGUGGAGAUAAAAGUGAAGAUGGACUGCGAAGGUUGCGAGAUAAGAGUGAAGAAAUCAGUGGAAGGCAUGAAAGGAGUCACAAGUGUUGAAGUGGAUCCCAAGCAAAGCAAGCUCACUGUUAUUGGCUAUGUGGACCCCAACAAGGUGUUGCAUCGUGUCAGGCAUCGAACGGGGAAGAAGGCGGAUCUGUGGCCGUAUGUACCAUACGACUUCGUCAAGCAUUCAUGGGCUCCCGGGGCUUAUGAUAGGAAGGCACCACCUGGGUACGUGAGGAACUUGCUGAAUGACCCUGACUAGACCUGUAAAUGGACCGGGUUUGGAUCGGAUCGACCUAAAUCCAAAUCCUUUCACUAAAAGAAAAAACUCGAUCCAAACCCGCUCCGCUAACCCGGCGGAUCAUUGAUAGCUCGAUCCAAAUCCGUAUCCACUGGAUUAACAGAUACCUGAUCCGCUAAUCCGAUCCGUUUAUAAUUUCAAAUAUUUUUAAAUUUCUAUUGUUCUACACCGUUCUUACCCUUUUGGUCAACUAAACAUGCAAACCUUUAUUGAUAAAUGAUAAAGCUUCUUGGAGUCUUGGCAUUCUUGACAUGUUUUGUUGAUAAUGUAUCUUGAAUCUUGGGAUAUGUCCAUUUUUAGACAUGUUUUUUUUAUAAUGCCGUUUAUGCUUAGAUUCCUACAAAAACAUUGUUUUAAAAAUUUGUAAUAUUUAUAUAUUUUUUAAAAUAAUAUAUUAAUAAAAAUAAUAUUUUAUUAUUACGAAAACGGGUUGGAUCAUUAACGAAUCGGAUCGACCUAAAAUAAUAAUAUAAUAUUUU